AGGUCGUUGAAGGAUGGUUUAUUGCCUGGAAUUAAUGAAAUAACCGCUUCAACAAACAGUGCAUUGUGUGAAACGCGCAAAAUUAUGUGUUUUUCAUAAUUGUGGCGUUUAAAAGGUGCACUUUGUGGGUUUUUAGCUCGUCCGCAAACCACCUGUCAAAAAUGUCAAAUCCGUCAAAAAGUAGGUCAAUAUUUUACUUUUCAAUACGUAUGCUCAUAUGUUAGGGAAUAAUUGGUCAAAUUUGGUAAAUCCGUCCGUGUUUCUGUCGUAUUUUUCAGACGUUCCACCAUUCUAACCAAACUUGCAAUGGAUUAAAAUCGCAAAAAUGGCAGAAAAACUGGGUUUAGGUAGCGAAGUUCGGCAGCUGAAGAUAGGCCAGAGUUUCACAAAUCCGAAAUCAUCGGCGUUCCAUUCGAUUAAAUACGAUUUCAAGCCAGCCUCGGUCGACACCAACAAAAUAGCCACCGUAGAUGUCGGCAACAACAACCAAGUCACAGUUACCGUACCUCACUUGGAUGGUGCAGGGGUGCCCCAAACAGUAUUCAAAGGCUCGCAGCGGCCUUACCAAAAAGAAUGCGUGCUGAUAAUCGACCGCGCCACCGGCGAAAUAACCCUAGAGAAACUAACGUGUAAUAUUCAAGUGAAAAAGACGCGAAGUGAGUCGGCCAAGCAGCCGCUGCCCCAGGCCACCGACCGCUCGGGCACGACGUCCAUGCGCUCGCAGACGCCCCCCAUCGGCCAGCGCAUCUCGCACAAGACGAAAGUGACCAGCGGGAGCCGCCGACCGGACCGCCCCAUCACCCAUCUGGUGCCAAAGCACUCGCCCCUGCACGCGAGCCCCAGUUACCCCUCGCCCAAGAGCCACGCCAACGAGACGCACCAGAGCACGCUCGCGAGUCUGCCAAUGAUCGGCAUCGACGACUUCGACGCGCCCCCGCCCCCCAGCUCCACCGACAAAUCGCCGUCGAUGUUCCCCCUCUCCGACCACGAGACCGCUGGAGUGGGGGAAAUGAGCGACUCGUCGUCGUCGAGCAGCGACAGCGACUCGGAUUCGGAUAAUCCAGACCUUACCGCCGUUAACAAAUUAUCCAAAACCAAUGGGCACAGCAAUGGGACCUCAGCAGCCACCAAAAUAUCCACACAUCUCUUAAACGAAGACUUGUGCUUGUCAGAGUCGGGCUCAGACUCGGACUAACCGGCGAGUUAAGGUAAUCGAUAAUUAAAAUAUUUGUUACAGAAUAUAUAUUAUGUAUGAUAUUGAUAAAUACACAUACUGCAAUGCAA